AUGAAGGAAGAGAUCACAAUGAUUGAAAAGAAUUCUACAUGGGAGAUGGUUGAAAGACCUGGUAACAAAUCAAUUGUGGGUCACAAGGCACGGCUUAUAGCUAAAGGAUACACAGAAGCUGGGAGUAGAUUUCAACAAAACCUCUGCUCCAGUGGCAAGAAAUAUGCCAAGACUUUGCUUGACAGAUUUGGUUUGAUGGACUUCAAACCAGUGAGCACACCACUGGUUCCAACAGAGAAACUCAAAAGAGAAGAUGAAAGUGAACUUGUAGAUGAGGAGACCUACAGAAAAAUAGUGGGGAGCUUGUUGUAUCUAAUAGCAACUAGGCCUGACAUCAUGUAUUCAACUAGUUUGCUUGCCCGAUUUAUGCAUGGUCCCUCAAAAAAGCAUUUUGGAGCUACAAGAAAAGUACUAAGUGAUUGGGGUGGUUUAGAGGAUGAUAUGAAAAGCACAUCUGGAGCAACUAGAAGCUACACCAAUCGUGACAACACGUCUACUAUAGCAAUGUCUAAGAAUCCAGUGUUCCAUCAAAGAUCAAAGCACAUAGGAAGAAAGUUCCAUUUCAUCAGAGAUGCAAUUCAAGGAGUAGUAGAUCUGAUCUAUUGCAAAGGUCAAGAUUAA